AUGCUCAGGCCCGCUAUCACAACUCAUAGUAUUGUGGCCUUUCGGGACCUCGUAAAGCGUCACGGACCCACCUCCGCUAGGUGGGUCCACGUCCUCGAGCCGCAGCUCGUGAGCCACCAAUGGCUCGAGUAUAUCGAUGACCUGGCGCAUUGUGGGCCUUCCCUUUGGGUUCUGGCUAAGGCAUUGGUAGGCCAAAUUUGCAACUUUCAUGAGGAUCUUGGUCGAGUACUGGCCCUCGAUCCUUGGGUCCAGUAUUUUGAUGAGCUUCUUGGUGUGGUUGAGGAGUGGGCGGGCCCACUCGACGAGGUUGUGCUCGCGGCUGGGCCUGCUCUUGUCCAUGGCCCGUCUCCCGAUGAGCAUCUCGAGCAGGACAACUCCGUAGCCGUACACAUUGUACGUUGCGGAAAGAAAGAAUAA